GGGGCGGGGUCCGGAACAGGGACUUCCCCCUUAGGGGGGAAUCUGCUGGAGAAGGGAGGGAGAGCCCGGCUAGCGUUUGGAGUGGGACGUCAAAUGGUGGAGGGCAGGUGUGGGGAGGGUUUAGGGGAGGAACACGGGAAAGGAGACCCCUAGAGAGACAAGACCUUUGGUUUGAAGGGUCAGAACGAAGACACAAGCACCUGGAAGCCAAGGGAGGGAGAACAGCUAGUGGCCGCAACAGGGCCCCUAAUUUUCUGCACUCCCAUAUUGGCAGUUAAACCUCGGGUAUCUUCCAUCCUGUAUCUGCCAACGUGCUUUCCUACCUACCAUCCUGUUUCAUGCCUGUGACCAAGUAUUGCCCCUAUUUGGACUAAACCCGUUGCAACAAAGUUGAUUCCGACUCAUAAGGACUAGAGACCUAAUGAAACUUACUAUACAGGGGCAGUAGAAAGUCUCCUCCAAUUUUAGCAUAAUUCACGCAAGAGACCUAAUCCUGAAAGAAAUCCAUUAAUACCUAAAAUUGCAAAGGGAACAAAGUCCUCAGGUGGUCUUCCCAUAUCCCUUUUAGCUGCUGUUAGGGGUGCACUGGGCUGCUUGAUGGCUUGCUUCCUAAUACUAGUUGAAAUUUGUGUCUUUGAAUAGUUUUCAAACCACAUCCACCCCCGGAAGAACCUUAGGGAUAUUAAGAGUGCUACAGUCCCCAAAGGAGGUGAGUGCUGUUAGGGUAAAGCAGAUUGACCGGUUCUCAAUGAACUAAAAAAAUAUUUUUUUCAUCUUGUCCCUGCCAGCUGAAAUACCGUUAGCUCUGUGAAUGCCCACCACCCUCUACCACCUUCCCGAUCUUUUUACCCACUAGGUGACCCUUUUUCCACCAGAUGAUUCUUCUGUCCCUGCACAUUGCAGAGUCUGGAAGAAAAACUGGGAUGACGUACUUUUCGCAUCUGCUCAGCAUUAUUUUUGUUUCUCUUCCAUCCUUUUAGAUGGCUCUAUUAAUAACACAGAUGAAGAUGAUGAAGAAGAUGUAGGUAGGAGAUCAGUUCAUUUGCAUGUAUCAACUAGCAUUCUGUCAAUCACUUUCACAGUGUGACUGGAUACUACAAUCUCAAGUGGAAAAGAACUGUCUCUGCUUCUAUUUUCUUUAUAAAUAGUGAAUACCAGAAGAAAUACUAAAUUAGGAGUGGGUCACAGUUCCCUAGAGGAAGUUGAAAUGGAGUAUGCAGGAGUGAGUUAAGAAUUUUCAGCUGGCAAGGAAGAAUCGGUCUCGUGGAGAUGGAUGUAGGCUUGCUGGAGGUUAGAGGUUAUGUGUAGCAGCAGAGCAAAAGAAAGGAUCCGCUGUCAUGGAAGAAGAAAUUCUCAGUGCUGUAUCAUUCUUUCUAGAACCUUCUUUAAAAAAAAAAAAAGAAGAGGGACAACUUACUAGGUGUCAUUCAAGAGGCUUUAUUUCUCCCCUGCAAUACUUACUUUUCCUAUUUUUUUCUUUUCCAGUGGAUUUAGCAGCCAGCUCACUUUUGAACAAGUUAAUCAGGCAGUCCUUAGUAGAAUCCAGUCAUCGAGUUGAAGUCUUACAAAAGGAUCCCAGCUCUCCACUCUACUCAGUAAAAACAUUUGAAGAGCUGCGGCUAAAGGAAGAGUUACGAAAAGGAAUCUAUGCGAUGGGAUUUAACAGACCAUCCAAAAUCCAAGAGAUGGCUCUCCCUAUGAUGCUGGCACAUCCACCCCAGAACCUCAUAGCACAGAGCCAGUCUGGAACAGGAAAGACAGCUGCCUUUGUCUUGGCAAUGCUAAGCAGGGUCAAUGCCUUGGAAUUGUUCCCACAGUGCCUCUGCCUGGCUCCCACUUACGAACUGGCUCUGCAAACUGGCCGUGUGGUUGAGCGGAUGGGAAAAUUCUGUGUGGAUGUUCAAGUGAUGUAUGCCAUUCGAGGGAAUCGAAUUCCCAGGGGCACUGACGUCACCAAGCAGAUUAUAAUCGGCACUCCUGGGACCGUCCUAGAUUGGUGUUUUAAGCGAAAAUUAAUCGAUUUGACUAAGAUCCGUGUGUUUGUUCUGGAUGAAGCAGACGUGAUGAUUGACACCCAGGGAUUCUCAGAUCAAAGCAUUCGUAUUCAGAGAGCUUUGCCCUCCGAAUGCCAGAUGCUCCUCUUCUCAGCAACCUUUGAGGACUCUGUGUGGCAAUUUGCUGAGCGAAUUAUUCCCGACCCCAAUGUCAUCAAGUUACGCAAAGAGGAGCUGACCCUGAACAACAUCCGACAGUAUUAUGUGUUGUGUGAGAACAGGAAAGACAAAUACCAAGCCCUGUGCAACAUUUACGGCGGCAUCACCAUUGGCCAGGCCAUUAUCUUCUGCCAGACUCGCCGAAAUGCCAAGUGGUUGACUGUGGAGAUGAUGCAGGAUGGACACCAAGUCUCCUUGUUAAGUGGGGAGCUGACCGUGGACCAGCGUGCAGCCAUCAUUCAGAGGUUUCGGGAUGGGAAGGAGAAAGUUCUUAUAACGACCAAUGUCUGUGCUCGAGGGAUUGACGUGAAGCAGGUCACGAUUGUUGUGAACUUUGACCUCCCUGUAAACCAAGCAGAGGAGCCAGACUACGAGACCUACCUCCACCGCAUAGGGCGGACGGGACGCUUUGGGAAAAAAGGCCUUGCCUUCAACAUGAUUGAAGUGGAUAAGCUUCCCCUGCUGAUGAAAAUCCAGGAUCACUUCAACAGCAAUAUUAAGCAACUUGACCCUGAAGACAUGGAUGAAAUCGAAAAGAUUGAAUAUUGAAGAGAGACCUUUAUCAUUG